AUGCGGCUCAUCUUGACUGGCGCGACGGGGAAUGCUGGAGCAGACGUCCUGAGGGAGGCACUGAAGGACUCGCGUGUCACAGCGGUCACCGUCCUCUCCCGACGCCCGCUCCCACCUCGACUCAACCCCGACCCACCAAACCUCAAAGUCCAAGUGAUUCUCCACGAAGACUUCACCUCCUACCCACCCGCUCUGCUCAACCAGCUCGAAGGCCACUCGGCCUGUAUCUGGGCUUUGGGCGUCUCGAGCAAUGGCCAGACGGAAGAGAACUACAGGAGGAUCACGGUCGAGUAUCCGCUUGCUGCGGCGAAGGCUUUUGCGGGACUGAAGAAGGAGAGAGAGGGGGAGGGGAAGUUUGUGUUUGCGUACUUGAGCGGCAUGGGUGCGGAUCAGAGGGAGGGAAAGGCGCGGGCCAUGUUUGGCCGGAUCAAAGGCGACGCCGAGCGCCAGCUCGCGCAACUCCCCUCGCAAGGCUAUCCAUCGCUCGCAACCUACUCCUUCCGCCCAGCCGGCAUCCUCUCCUCCGAUCCGGACUCGAAUGCCUCGCUAGCCUACAACCGGCCCUUCCUGCAGUCCGCCUUCCGCACUCUCGGUCGCGUCUUCCCCUCGAUCGUGACAGACUCACCGGUGCUUGCGCAGGCGAUGAUCGAGGCGGCUUUGCGAGGUGGGAGUGGGAGUAUCGAGGGAUGGGAGGGCAAGGGGAAGGUUGGGAACGAGGGCGUGUUUGAGAAUGCGGACAUCAAGAGGUUGGCCGAGGAGUCGCCCCCCGAGUAG